AUGGAGAAAGAUAUGGAAAAAGCCUUAGAGAGCGACCACGGCGCACAACGGCUGCCCGGUGAGGAGGACCAGCAACCGCGUCACAGCAUAGCGAACGACCUUGAGAAGGGUUGCGACGGCCCAGCAGACGGCCAGCCAAGGAUAGGUGACUCGUCAGCAUCAGACACGGUCACACUCGACGAACACGAAGCCCAACGCGGCCCAGAAGUACAGCCGGUACCUGUCCGGAGCCGAAGUGUAACCCGAGACAGCAAGCCACCCGUGCCAAGCCCCGAACCAAGUCCCGGUGCAGUCGCGGAGAAGGAUCCAUUCGAGGUCAUUUGGGACGGCGGCGAUGCCGAUCCCAUGUGCCCGCGCAGCAUGCCCACGGCACGCAAGUGGCUCCUUGUCUUCGUCACCUCUUUCGGCUCGGCCUGCGUCACCUGCGCCAGCUCCAUCUACACCUCCAGCUACGCCGGCAUGAACGCCGAGUUUGGCUCCUCCAAUAUUGUGGCCACACUGGGUCUGUCCACAUUUGUCUUGGGCAUCGCCGCGGGCCCUGUCUGGAGUCCACUCAGCGAGUUCUACGGCCGGCGCCCCGUCUACCUGGGAUCGUUUUUGCUCUUCAUCAUCUGGAUCAUUCCCUCGGCCGUCGCCCAGAACAUUCAGACCAUGAUCAUUGCGCGCUUUUUCCAGGGCUUCACCGGCGCCGCGUUUUUGUCCGUGUCCGGCGGCACGGUCGGCGAUCUCUUUUCGCGCGAGGCCAUGCAAGGCCCCAUGGCCUUCUUCUCCGUCGCGCCCUUCAUCGGCCCCUCCAUCGGCCCCUUGGUUGGCGGCUUCAUCAACAGCUACACCGACUGGCGCUGGACCCACUACGUCCUCAUCAUCUGGGGUUUCUGUCUGCUGGUCGCCCUCUUCGUCUUUGUCCCCGAGACCUACCAUCCCGUCGUGCUGCGCAACAAGGCUCGCCGCAUGCGAAAGGAGACGGGCGACGACCGCUGGUAUGCUCCCAUUGAGAAGAUGAACAAGUCCAUUCUCGGCACCAUCGGCUACGCCGUCAAGCACCCCUUCGUGCUGCUCGUGUCCGAGCCCAUGAUCCUCGCCCUCAACCUCUACUCGGCCAUUCUCCUCGGUAUCCUCUAUCUCUUCUUUGGUGCCUUCCCCGUCGUCUUCGAGGGCAACCACGGCUUCAAUCUUUGGCAGUCUGGUCUGUCGUUCAUGGGAUUGUUUGUCGGCAUGGCCAUCGGCGGGACCUGCGCACCCAUCUGGGCAAAGGUCCGGCUCCGGCUCAUGGUCAAGCGCCAGCAGGAGCUUGGCGCCUCCGCGCCCGUCAGCGAGCCCGAGUACCGUCUGCCCUCGGUCAUGGUGGGCGCCAUCAUCGUGCCCAUUGGUAUCUUCUGGUUCGGCUGGACGUCGUAUGCCAGCAUUCACUGGAUCGUGCCAAUUAUCGGGUCCGCUGUCUUUGCGAUAGGGUGA